AGAUCAAUAUUUUCUUCGCUCCGGGGCAAGGGAAUUUAUAUUAUAUUAGGUUGAAAACAUUUUUUUUUUAAUUUAAGAAAUACAUUGUUUAUUUUCCAUCAUGGAAAAAUGAAAAAAAAAAUCCAAGGUAAAAUGUGAAAUAGGACCGAAAGCAAAUAAAAAUAAAAAAUAAAUUAAAAAGGGGGAAACGGAGUGAUGAGAUGAGUGGGCGGCAGUGAAAUUCCAUUCUCCACCGAGGGUAAGAAAGCUCUUUCGAUUUCGCGUGUUAAUGGUCCGCUGAAUUCGAUGUGAUUCGAUUGAAGUAGCUAUUUUGAUCUUCGAUUUCCCCUCAAUUGCUGCUGAAUUUUGUUUCUCCGUCUCUGCAUUUCAGCCAAUUUUUCCUCUCUUCCGGCGCUUUCCGCUUCCAUGGAGCUUCUCCCGCUCGAUCACCCUGUCUCCGAAGGGUUCCAUAAGAAUGGGUAUAAAAGAUUGAAGAUACAAGUUGAUGAAGGAGGGCAAUGCAGUCCGGUUUCUGCUUCGGACAGCAUGAGUCGUGGAACCGAACCGAAGAAAGUGAACACCUCAUCGUUCAAGGUCACCGACUACUCCAACCCAUCUGCCAUUGGUAAAAUGAUCGAAGCUUUAGAUAGCGGUAAAUACGGGAGUGUUACUAAGGAAUUAAAAGAAAUAGCUGAUAGGAGGAUGGAGUUAGUGAAAUCUUGUCUCUCGAUGUACCCUUCACUCUCAAGUAUGGUUUUUAGCUCGGGCAAGAGUCAGGCGAAAGAGCAUGUGGAGACGGGAAAUCAGCAAGUUGUGGAAGAAGUCAUCAACUUGGAUGAUAAAGACAAAGUUGAUGCUGCAAAGAACAGUGUGCUUUCGAAAUCUGAGGUUGUGGUUAUUGAUUCCGAUGAUGAAGAGACUGAAACUCUGAGGCCUAAAUAUCCAUUUCAGUCAAGCCUUGUGCUGUAUCAGAAGAUGGGAGGGGAUGUACCGGCAAUUGCGCCGCAAUGCUCUUUUGAAGAGGUAGUAUUGGGGAAGGGCAAAGAGGGGCAUCCCAUUAGGGGAAUGUUGGAAGGAAAAACUAAGAGAGAUAGAGGCAGACCCCCUUCUGAAGAAAACGGUAUUGUCAAUGAUAAAGGAGUCUAUGUAGGUGUUCGAGAUGAUUACGAUGAUAAUCAUCUGAAGAAAACCGCAUUGGUUAGACCCCCUUCUGAAGAAAACCGUAUCGUCAAUGAUAAAGGAGUCUAUGUGGGUGUUCGAGAUGAUUACGAUGAUAGUGAAUCAGAGGUAGCAGAUGACGGUCUUGGUGAUAUUUGGGGCGAAAUGGCCAUGGCAAUAGAGUGUAACAAGGAGGUAACCACGGAGCCUUCAAAGGAGCAAAAACCAGAAGAAGUAGAGGACUGUGAGCACUCAUUUAUCUUAAAGGAUGAUAUUGGAUACGUUUGUCGGGUCUGCGGGGUUGUAGAGAGAAGCAUUCUAGAAAUAAUCGAUGUGCAGUUCAGUAAGGUGAAAAAAAGCACAAGAACGUAUCCCUCUGAUGCUCAGAAUAGGAAGGAUACCGAUUUAUCUGAUGUUGGAUUAAAGCUAUCUGAAGAUGGGCUGAUGAUAGGUGGGCUUUCUGCUCAUCCGAGGCAUGCUCACCAAAUGAAACCUCAUCAAAUUGAAGGAUUUAACUUCCUCUGCAGCAAUUUAGUGGCAGAGAAUCCCGGUGGCUGCAUCAUGGCUCAUGCUCCAGGUUCUGGAAAGACCUUUAUGAUUAUCAGUUUUAUGCAGAGUUUCCUUGCAAAGUAUCCUCAUGCUCGGCCACUGAUCGUGCUUCCAAAGGGAAUUUUGUCUACUUGGAAAAGAGAGUUCCAGACAUGGCAAGUCGAGGAUAUUCCUCUUCUUGAUUUCUACAGUGGUAAAGCAGAUAGCCGGGCACAGCAGUUAGUGAUUUUGAAACAGUGGGUGGGGCAAAAGAGUAUCUUGUUCCUCGGGUAUAAGCAGUUUGCAUCUAUUGUCUGUGAUGAUGGAAUGAACAAGGCUUCGACCGCUGUUUCCGAUGAUGGAAGGAACAAGUUAUCGAGUGCGUGCCAGGACAUCCUGCUCAAAGUACCUUCUAUCCUCAUUCUGGAUGAAGGGCACACGCCGAGGAAUGAUAGCACGAAUGUUCUGCAAUCCCUUGCCAAAGUCCAAACCCCGAGAAAGGUCGUCCUCUCUGGAACGCUGUAUCAGAACCAUGUGAAAGAGGUGUUCACCAUUUUGAACCUCGUCCGGCCCAAAUUUCUCAAACUGGAUACCUCUAAAUCUGCGGUGAAGAGGAUUCUGGCCCGAGCUCGGGUAUCCAAUGUCAGGAAACAUUUGAACUCGGGUCUGGACGUGGUCUUCUACGAAAGUGUGGAGCAUACGCUGCAACAGGAUGAGGAUUUCAAGAUCAAAGUCAGUGUAAUUCAAGAUUUGCGGGAGAUGACACGGAAAGUGCUUCAUUACUAUAAAGGAGAUUUCUUGGAAGAGCUUCCUGGACUCGUUGAUUUUACGGUGGUGCUGAAUCUGACUCCUAAACAGAUGAGUGAAGUCCACAAGUUGAAGAAAUAUGAGAGAAAAUUCAAGGUUUCAUCUGUCGGAAGUGCACUUUACCUUCAUCCGAAGCUGAAAUCUUUCUCCGAGAAGUCUGGUGUCUCGGAUGCAACAAUGGAUGCAACAAUUGAUGCAACGAUGGAUGAGAUGGUAGAAAAGUUAGAUGUGAGAGGGGGAGCAAAGGCAAAGUUCUUCCUCAACAUGAUAAACUUGUGCGACUCGGCUGGUGAGAAGCUCUUGGUUUUCAGCCAAUACCUCAUACCAUUGAAGUUUCUUGAGAGGUUAGCUGUCACAGCUAGGGGAUGGAAAGUAGGCAAAGAAAUUUUUUGCAUCACGGGCGAUAGUACUCCCGAGCAACGGGAAUUUUCCAUGGAACGGUUUAACAAUUCCCCAGAUGCAAAGAUAUUCUUCGGUUCAAUCAAAGCUUGCGGAGAGGGGAUUUCCCUAAUCGGGGCAUCCCGUAUACUAAUACUGGAUGUUCACCUGAACCCUUCCGUGACCCGACAGGCGAUUGGACGAGCUUUCCGACCCGGGCAAAAGAAAAAGGUGUACGUAUAUAGAUUGGUUGCCGGAGGAUCACCCGAGGAAGACGAUCACAAGACCUGCUUCAAGAAAGAAGUCAUCUCCAAGAUGUGGUUCGAGUGGAACGAGUACUGUGGCCACCGUAAAUUCGAGGUGGAGACAGUUGAUGUGGAUGAAAGUGGUGAUACGUUCCUGGAAAGUCCUGUCCUGAGAGAAGACAUAAGAGUUCUGUACAGAAGGUAACACUCAAGAAAGAUAUAGCUUGUCUGAGUUCCAGACAUGUCGAGGUAGUUUCAGAAGCUUCUGUCUAUAAUGCAACUUUAAGGUAGUUUCUCUCAGAACUUGUCUCGUUCUGGUUAUCAUCUAAUGAUCUGAAGCAUAGCUUCUUGAACUGUAUAGCUUAAGUAUAUCUACAUGUUGUUUGGACGGAUUCCAUGGAAAGUUUUAAUCUUGGCCAUGAUAUAUGAAUAUGAUGAUGCCCUUUGGUAGGGUUUUUUCCCA